AUGACAUCGAUUCCCCCCAAACCAACCGACUCUCCUCCGUCCCCCUCGACCCCAUCGACCGGCACGCCAUCUCCGUAUCCGUCCCCUUCAUCGUUAGCGCCCCCGACUGGCAUGGGCAUGAAAGAUCAAUUGCUGUACCAAACCAACAAAAUCCGAGCAGCGCAUAAGGUCGGCCCUGUGGUAUGGGACGAAGAGUUGGCAGGACGGUUGCAAAGAUAUGCCUCGACGUGCCCUGGGUUCCAUCACGGCGGCGUGGACGGAAACCAAAACUUGGCGACCUACGACUCAUGCGGACCUGGCAAGAAGGACACCAACUGCUUGAAGAAGGCGGGAGCCGCGUGGAUGUGGUAUAUGGUGGAAGAAAAGAAAUGGAACUACGACACCAACAAAUGCAACGGAAAGUGGUUGGAAUGCGGCCACUUUGCGAACUUGAUGAACUUGAAAAACACCGCCAUUGGGUGUGGCUGGAGCGAAUGUGGAGAUGGCAACUUUGUCUGGUGCAACUAUAUUUCGGACGGAGCCGACACCACUAUUGCCCGCCUCAGCGGCAUGACCAAAGAGGAACUCAAAGCCAGCUUGACCUCCUAA